CAAAAGAAGUUGAAUAGGUAAGAAGAUAGGAAAUCACGUGAUCAGUCGUUCGACCUCGUUGACGUCGAGCAUGCAAUGUUUUUAGUCUUAUCGUCUGCGUGUUCAAAUUGUUGUCUUCAUAACCAAGCUAUUCCCGAUCAUUUUUCACAUUUUUCUUCUCAACAAUAUCAUCACCGACCCACUUUCUCUCUCUAAACCCAAAACAACCCAAAAUCCCAUAUAUAUUCUUAAAAACAUUAACUGAAACAAUUCACAAUACGCCAUUUUUCGAAAUUUGUUUGUCCCAGACACUCAUACACCUCAAUAACACCCCUAAUUAUUUAUAGAUUUGAUAAUAUCACUAUCUUCCUCUGUUUCCUUACUCAUCAAGGUUAUUUGGAGCUGUUUGCUACAUUGGUUUGGAGUCUGAUCAAUAACAUGAAACUGUUGUAAAUCAUCUGCUUUGAGUUGCAGAUAAAAAGAUCAAGAACUGGGCCUGUUAGGUUAGGAUCAUAGUGGUCUAGUGGAUACUGUUAAUAUGGAGAAAGUUAGAACAAUUCUAACACAUACAUACCCUUACCCACAUGAGCAUUCUCGACACGCGAUAAUUGCAGUCGCGAUUGGUUGCCUGUUUUUUAUCUCAUCAGACAACAUACAUACACUCAUCCACAAGUUAGACAACAACAUAAAAUGGUGGUCGAUGUACGCCUGCUUAUUAGGGUUUUUCUAUUUCUUUUCAUCUCCUUUUGUAGGGAAGACAAUUAAGCCAAGCUAUUCAAAUUUCAGUAGAUGGUAUAUAGCAUGGAUAUUAGUGGCUGCUGUAUACCAUCUUCCCAGUUUUCAAUCAAUGGGAGUGGAUAUGAGGAUGAAUCUUUCGUUGUUUUUGACGAUAUACAUUUCAUCCAUUUUUGUACUCAUUGUUUUCCACUUAAUUUUUUAUGGUCUUUGGUACGUGGGUCUUGUUUCUCGAGUGGCAGGAAGGAGACCCGAGAUCUUGACCAUUGUUCAAAAUUGCGCGGUGUUAAGUGUGGCGUGUUGUGUGUUUUAUAGCCACUGUGGCAAUCAAGCACUGAACGAAAAACGAUUGGGCCGAAGAGAUUCGGGCCUGUUUUCACUUUUGAAGAAGGGUGAACCGAGCAUAUGGCUGUCAAAAUUCCUUAAAAUGUAUGAACUAAAAGACGAAAUCUGCAAAUCAUGGUUUGCGCCCGUUGGGUCCGCUGGUGAUUAUCCACUUCUUUCCAAGUGGGUUAUAUAUGGAGAAUUUUCUUGUAGUGGUCCGUGCGAGUCAUCAGAUGAAAUAUCUCCUAUUUAUUCAUUAUGGGCAACAUUUAUAGGCCUUUAUAUGGCUAAUUAUGUGGUGGAAAGAUCAACAGGAUGGGCUCUUACUCAUCCUUUGUCGGUCGAAAAAACCGAGAAGUUGAAGAACAAGCAGAUGAAACCUAACUUUCUCGAUAUGGUUCCUUGGUAUUCAGGGACAUCAGCUGAUUUAUUCAAGACCGUAUUUGACCUCCUUGUAUCCGUGACUGUAUUUGUUGGAAGAUUUGAUAUGCGAAUGAUGCAGGCAGCAAUGAGUAAGGUCCACGAAGGAGUAACAGAGGAUUUCUUAUACGAUCAUCUUAGUGAAAAAGAUCAACUUUGGUUUGAUUUCAUGGCUGAUACGGGUGAUGGCGGGAAUUCAUCGUACUCUGUUGCCCGACUUCUUGCACAACCUUCACUAUACGCUUUAGAUAAUAAUUCUCUACAACAAUUACCUCGUGGAGACCUCCUCCUUAUCGGUGGUGAUCUUGCGUAUCCUAACCCUUCAGCGUUUACUUACGAGAAGCGGUUUUUUCGUCCGUUUGAGUAUGCUCUUCAAUCACCAUCAUGGUAUAAAGAUGUGCAUAUUGCGGUAGAAAAACCCGAACUGCCAUUUGGUGUAACCGAUUUAAAACAAUACGAUGGGCCCCAAUGCUUUGUUAUCCCCGGUAACCAUGAUUGGUUUGACGGGCUUCAAACAUUUAUGCGGUAUAUUUGUCACAAAAGCUGGUUAGGUGGAUGGUUAAUGCCGCAAAAGAAAAGCUACUUUGCGUUACAGUUACCGAAAGGGUGGUGGGUUUUCGGUCUUGAUUUAGCUCUUCAUAAUGACAUGGAUGUUUAUCAGUUUAAAUUCUUUGCAGAGUUGAUCAAGGAAAAGGUUAAAGAAAAUGAUUCUGUGAUCAUAAUGACACACGAACCCAAUUGGAUAUUGGAUUGGUACUGGGAUGAUGUUACUGGGAAAAACGUUACGUAUCUUGUUAAAGAUCAUCUAAAAGGAAGGUGUAGACUUCGAAUGGCGGGUGAUCUACAUCAUUAUAUGCGUCAUUCUCGUGUUCCAACCGAAAAUCCCGACUCUAUACAACAUUUACUUGUAAACGGUUGUGGUGGGGCGUUUUUACAUCCUACACACGUGUUUCGUGGUUUUGAUAAAGCAUAUGGUACAGCUUAUGAAAUGAAAGCCGCUUAUCCAGAAGUUGAAGAUUCAAGCCGGAUUGCCCUUGGAAAUAUCUUGAAGUUCCGGAAGAAAAACUGGCAGUUUGAUUUCAUUGGCGGGUUCAUUUACUUCAUAUUAACGUUUUCCAUGUUCCCACAGUGCAACCUUGGCCAUAUAUUACAAAAGGAUGACACCUUUUCGGACCACGUACGGAGCUUUUUGAGCACCAUAUGGGACGCUUUUAUGUACAUGCUCGGGCAAUCUUAUGUAUCAUCUAUGGGUGCUUUAUUAUUAUUGGUGGCUGGGGUAUCAUUCGUUCCUCCAAAAAUGUCACGGAAAAGGAGACUUCUAAUCGGGCUUCUGCAUGUUUUGGCUCAUCUUUCUGCUGCUUUAAUUCUUAUGUUGUUAAUGGAAUUAGGCAUUGAGAUAUGCGUUCAACACAACCUUUUAGCAACUUCCGGUUACCACACAUUAUAUGAAUGGUACAGACAAGUGGAAAGCGAGCAUUUCCCUGACCCGACCGGCCUUCGGACCCGUAUAGAGCAAUGGACUUUCGGCCUUUAUCCCGCGUGCAUCAAGUAUCUAAUGUCAGCUUUUGAUGUUCCUGAGGUGAUGGCUGUGACACGGAGCAACAUAUGCAAAAACGGGAUGAUUUCUCUCUCGCGAGGCGGUGCCACGAUAUACUACGCAUCAGUGUUCCUUUAUUUCUGGGUGUUCUCAACACCUGUGGUUUCACUUAUAUUCGGAAGCUAUUUAUACAUUUGUAUCAAUUGGCUUCACUUACACUUUGAUGAAGCAUUUUCUUCCUUACGAAUCGCCAAUUACAAGUCAUUCACACGGUUCCACAUAAAACCAGAUGGCGAUCUCGAAAUAUUCACUCUGGCAGUCGACAAGGUCCCGAAGGAAUGGAAGCUGGAUCCCGGGUGGGAUAACGAGGUGCGACAGCCGCAUCAAGCAAGCCAUCACCGAAAGUUUCCGAGCAAAUGGAGAGCAAAUGCUUUUCAUCAAGAUCCUGUAAAUACUGUACGGAUUGUCGAUCAUUUCGUUAUUCAACCUACUCACAGACUGCAGGUAGCGGCAGUAAAUGGGUCAGUGUCUCACUGACAGUUUAGAUCAUAGUUGUAGGGUUACUUGUAAUAGAAGUUAUAUCAUACUCAUGCAAAUGACAGUUCAUUACAAAACUUUAGAAGCAAUACAUUGUGAUUAACUUUUCGGUUCACCGCAUGAUAAUUAGACGAAUUAGCGUUCCCAUA